AUGACUCAAUCAUUCUUCUAUCUAUCUAUCUAUCUAUCUAUCUAUCUAUCUAUCUCUUUAUCUAGACGCACAUAUUUUCCGUUUGUUCAUAUCUAUCUAUCUAUCUAUCUAUCUAUCUAUCUAUCUAUCUAUCUAUCUCAUUUGGCAUAUCUAUCUAUCUAUCUAUCUAUCUAUCUAUCUAUCUAUCUAUCUAUCUAUCUCAUUCGGCAUAUCUAUCUAUCUAUUUAUCUAUCAAUCAAUCAAUCUAUUUCAGUUUGCUCAUCUAUCUAUCUAUCUCAUUUGGCAUAUCUAUCUAUCUAUCUAUCUAUCUAUCUAUCUAUCUAUCUAUCUAUCUCAGUCUGUUCAUCUUUCUCUGUAGGUCUAUCUAUUUAUGUAUCUAUUUAUCUAGACGCACUUAUUUUCCGUUUGUUCAUAUCUAUCUAUCUAUCUCAUUUGGCAUAUCUAUCUAUCUAUCUAUCUAUCUAUCUAUCUAUCUAUCUCAUUCGACAUAUCUAUCUAUCUAUUUAUCUAUCAAUCAAUCUAUUUCAGUUUACUCAUCUAUUUAUCUAUCUCAUUUGGCAUAUCUUAUUAUCUAUCUAUCUAUCUAUCUAUCUAUCUAUCUAUCUAUCUAUCUAUCUAUCUCAGUCUGUUCAUCUUUCUCUGUCGGUCUAUCUAUUUAUGCAUCUAGUUUAUCUAGACGCACUUAUUUUCCGUUUGUUCAUAUCUAUCUAUCUAUCUAUCUAUCUAUCUAUCUCAUUUGGCAUAUCUAUCUAUCUAUCUAUCUAUCUAUCUAUCUAUCUAUCUAUCUCAGUCUGUUCAUCUUUCUCUGACGGUGUAUCUAUUUAUGUAGCUAGUUAUCUAGACACCUAUCCUUUCCGUGUGUUCAUAUCUGUCAGUCUAUCUAUCUAUCUAUCUGGCUGGCUGGUGGCAGAUAGGCUGGUUAGUCGGCUGGCAGUCUAUCUAUAA